AUGGUGGCUGAGUCUUCACCAUUACUAUUUGGUAAUGGCAUUGAGAAAAGUAAACUGUAUGGAGACAAUAAAGUCGUACAACGUAAAAAGCCAAUAGACGACCACCAUGAAGACCUAAAGGUUGGAUAUUUCGAACGUCGACGAAGGGAACGUGAAAAAGAGAAGUACUAUGAAGAGCUGAGUGAGCUAUUGAAAUGUUUCGACUACGAUCGUCAGGUCAUUCACGGUGAAAAAACAAUUAAUAAGCAGAAACAGGAUAGAGAUCGAUUCCUAGCACGGAUAUCGUUCAUAAUGAAUGUUACUUUACUAUUUGUUAACUUAUUUGCAUCAAUAUCUACAGGAUCUCUGGCUAUAAUAAAGUAA